GAAGACAUUUCCCCAAAUCCAUUUUGCAGUGAAAACAGGCAGAACAUAGGAAUCCACUCUUUCGUCAGCUACCAAAGAAAGAGCAUGAAGGUUUUUGUGUUUCUUCUGGUAAUUUUGGCAGCACAUGCCAAGGUAUUUGAGAGAUGUGAACUAGCGAGAGCUCUAAAGGCCAGUGGCAUGAGUGGCUAUGAGGGUAUCAGUCUGGGAGAUUGGGUUUGUCUAACACGCUGGGAGUCUAGCUACAACACAGCAGCCACAAAUCACAACACAGAUGGCUCAACAGACUACGGGAUUUUCCAGAUCAACAGUCGCUACUGGUGUCAUGAUGAACACACCCCUGGCCGUACCAGCAAUGGCUGUGAAAUCAACUGCUCACAGCUGCUGAGCAAUGACAUUUCUUUGUCUGUUAACUGUGCAAAGAUCAUAGCGAGAAAGCAAGGCAUUUCUGCAUGGUACGGCUGGCGUUAUCACUGCCAGAACCAAGAUGUGAGUCAAUAUAUUGCAGGAUGUGGACUUUAAAGGUUUUUCCAAUAUCCACGAACCAAAUAAAUUAAAAAUGUUCUUUUCCUUUCAAAGACACACGAUUAAUGUUGUUCCCAAAGAUUGUAUUUCUUGUAUAUAAUAAGUUUACUUACUAUUAUGUAAAAGAAAAAAUACUAUUCUAUACAGUAUAUAUAUAUAUAUAUAUAUAUAUAUAUAUAUACACUGUAUAAAGAAAUGCCUAAGUUUGAUCAUCUUUGGCUGAUGAUUUUAUUGGAUAAUUUGAAGUGAAACAUUUGAUUAGUACAUGCAUAUAUACCCUUUCAAUCAAACUCACAACACCGCCUUUGCAAGAAAUAUACUCAACAAAUUGAGCAAUUGUCUACAGUAGUUACAAAGGUACAAUGUGCAAUAAAAAUCAUGUAAUUUGUUGAAAUAAAUAUUGUGUGAAGAG